AUGGGCCUGAUACUGAAUCCUGGGGCUUAUGGACCCUUACCGACCUUCUUCAAUGAAAAGCAAGAAAUCGACUACGAAUCGUAUGAGAAGCAUCUACUCAAUCUUGCUAGAAGAGGAAUCACGAAUGCGGGAGGAUUGGAUAUGUCAUCGGCUGUAAUCGAGGCUGUGAUACGCCAGGCACCUAACUUGUGCGGCGUCAAACUCACCUGUGGCGGUAGUGUUUCGAAGCUGGUCCGCCUCUCAUCCUUUAUCACUAACGAGCCUGGCGGCCAUGGCACCGUCAGCGGCAUACCCAACUUUGCCCCGGCUGCUUCUAUGCGGCUGUGGUCACUCCUAAGCAAGCCCAAUCCGACAGAAGAUGAAAGACAAGAAGCAGAUAGGAUUCAAUCCAUUCUGUCUAAUGCUGAUGUGGCAGCUGUGCCUGCAGGUGUAAGGGGAAUGAGUAAGUUGUCACUUUUGAGUUCAAAGUGA